GCCUGGUCUUAUAUCGACCUCCAGAGUUGAAAGCAUGAUGGGAGGGAGUCACUGGCGCAAGACACUAUCAUCCAGUUCCAUAUUACAACCCGUCUCCCGCGUAGUAUUUCAGAGCACUGUGCUAGGUCGUUUUGAAUGUGGACAUAGUGACCAUGAUCAACGGCCGCCAACGGACAAUAAUCAAGGUUUUUCGCAAAUACAGUCACUCGCUGGGCCCAGAAGCUCUGCAAUUCCUGGAAGAAAUUCUCGAUAGGCACGAAAUAAAGGAUGAAGAUGUAGAGUUUUCCAUCGAAACUAUAGCCAGGGAGUAUAACAAACAAGAUGACGCUGUAAUGAAAGUUUCACUUGAUAUCCUCCGACGGGUAUAUGAUUCGCUUCAAGACCAAGGCGCAGAUGACACCGAGUCAGAACUUCUUGACCCAGACAGCCACCUCUACGUCAUAGACGCAUUUGAGAUGCCCCUCUGGAACUGGUCGCAUGAGCGUGGAACCUUUGAGAGAUCACCUAUUCCGUCCACCAUUUCUGGUACCGCAGAAUCGCGAAUAAACGCCAUAAGGAAUCGACUCUUUAUCAUUAGGCAGAGCAUCUUGCGCAACGAACACUUCUCCCCUUCUACUAUUCCUUCCCGUGACCGGGAACACCUCGUUACUCUGAAGUCGUCCAAGCAAUUGUUGGGGAGGGCGGGUGAAAGAUUUCUACUACUGGGCAUGCUCGUGCACAAUAAUGAAGGGACGUUAUGCCUCGAAGACGCAGAUGGUAGUGUUGCAUUGGAUGUCUCUAAGCUGGAUGAGCCCGGCGAAGGACUAUACACGGAGGGGUGUAUUGCCCUCGUUGAAGGUGAAUAUACGAAGGAUGGAACCCUCGAGGUUAUUGCUAUCGGACAACCACCCUGUGAGGAUCGAGAAACCACUCGGUCGAUAUAUGGUCACAUCGAUUUCCUGGGAAAAGGAUCGACAACUCUCCUUGAAGACAAUCAAUACGUUCGUCGAGUGCGUGAAGAGUUGUCUGAUGUCUACUUCUUUUUUUUGUCGGACGUGUGGCUUGAUAAUCCAGGAACAUUUGUUGGUCUCCAGAAAAUGUUCGAUAAUUGCAUUGAGAACAGCUUCAUCCCGAGGGUUAUUGUCAUGUGCGGAAAUUUCACGAGCCGCUCGAUCGCUCAAGGCAGUGCACGAGAUAUCCAGCGAUACCACGAAAAUUUUGACACCCUCGCCCAGCUCAUUGCUUCGUACCCACAAAUCACACGUAUCACACAUUUUGUGUUCGUUCCAGGCCCACUGGACUUGACUAGCAAUGCGACUUUGCCCAGGCGUUCCAUUCUCUCCUCUUUCACUUCCCAAUUGAAAGCGAAGAUCCCGAAAGUUCACUUGACAACAAAUCCUUGUCGACUGAAAUUUUUCGCUCAAGAGAUCGUCGUUUUCAGGGAGGAUACCAUGGCAAGAAUGUUGCGUAACACUGCAGAAGUGAAGCCAAACGUUUCCGGAGAGGAUUUGAGGCGAUAUCUCGUUCAGACUCUGCUCGACCAGAGCCACUUGACGCCUUUGACGUCUCAAAUCCAGCCAGUUUCGUUUGAUUUUGAUCAUUCUCUUCGGCUGUACCCAUUGCCGACAGCAGUCGUAGUUGCUGAUCGGUAUGAAAAGUAUAAGCUAACAUAUUCGGGCUGUCACGUAUUCAAUCCUGGUAGCUUUGUUGGGAGUUCCUUCACAUUUUCGACGUAUUGCCCUGCAGAAGGUAGCUCAGAAGAGGGGUAAGUCCGGAGCCAACGAAGAGACACUGAUUGACCAUAGUUUCAAUUCAGGAUUAUACCCAUGAAUUUGGAGGACUGAGAGGGACGCAAAGUAGUUGUGUUGGACCCAGCGUACUAUUGAAGUUAUGUACUGACUUUUGCCUUGAACGUAGUCACGUGCUAGAUGACGUUAUAUAUUACCUUGCUUUCAGAGCAAGUUCA